AAAGAGCGCCAAGUCCCGCCCCACUGAGCCCAGUGAAAGACUGUCACUAAUGGCCUACAAACAAACAAAUUCCUGAUACACUUCCUGGGGGCUCUUUGGCUAUUUCCUCUCAAGUGGGAGCACAGUGCAGCCCUGAACAGCACCAUGGCUCUGAUGAAAUCGGGCUGGCUCUGGAGACAAAGCUCUGUCUUCAAACGCUGGAAGCUGAACUGGUGUGACCUCUGGAUUGAUGGGAACCUUAUCUACUACAAAACCGAAAGCCGUCGGGACUAUGAAAUCAGGGUGAGCCUCAAGAGCAAAUGUGUCGCGGUUAAGUCUGGGCUGGAAUGCACAGGUGUAAGUCCUCCAGAGGGCCGCCCCAGGGAGAAUCUUUUGGUGCUGUAUUUGAGAGAUGGAUCCACCGUUGCCAUGUGUGCCAAUAGUGAUGAUGAGGCAUUGGCAUGGGAACUGACAAUAUUGGAAGCAAAAAGAAACCCAGUGUACACUUAUGAUCCAUAUGAUGACAGUUAUCAGUACGUGCCCUUGAACAGCCACAAUGCAGUAUACAUCAGUCCAGGUUACCACGGCAACGGAGGAGGUACCCACCAUAUCUUGAUCCAUCGAGACCCAUGUGAUGGGAUAGGGCACCAGGUGGCCCUGGGUAUGCUGGCAGGAAUGGCCACAGGGGCAGCACUGCGGUCACUUUUGUGGAUGCCCUUCUGGUUCUGCUGAGAGAACCUAACCAGAAAAAGUUGCAGUUUGGCCUGCUGCCAUCCAGCCAGCCACAAGUACAGUCUGGAACACAUUUCUAUAAAACAUCCAGGCCUUGUGUGGCUGCUGCUGCAGGUCUUGGCCAAAUCAGAUUCUAUCUUUUGAAUUAGGCUUUGUUUCAUUGUUUUUUAUCGAGGGAAAUACAGCCAAAGCAGAAAGCAAGCUUCCCUGCUGCAGAUAGAUUACACAGAUUGGUUGCCCCGGGUUAUAGUGGUGCAGAUGUUUGCUCUUGGAUUAAUGGCUAUUAUAGCUCCUAACCCAAACCUGAACAUACCAUUGCCACUGGACCACUGGUCAUUAGUCUUCAUGGAUGUAAAAUGCCUGACUAAUUUGAUAAUUUAUACUUUUUCUCUCUGAGAAGGGCAUCUCUUGCACAAUAAGGGCCAAAUAUGUAAAUACUACAUAAAGCAGUGUAAAUCAUUGUUGAUGCCAGGUACUUCAUGAGACCUGACCUUCACUUCCUGUGCAUAGCAAUAAAAGUAGAAAAUAGUUCUAUACAUAUUAAUGACUGCAAUUUACCUCAGAAAGUGUUUCUUGUCAGAAUAUGUAGCGUUAUGUAAUUCACUCUAAACUGCUACAAAAAGAUCAAUCCCCAAAUCUUCUUAGCAAACAAUAGCUAAAACUAUAGAUCAAUAUUUUUUAGUAUGCAAAAAACAUGUGUUCCUAGCGUAAGGAAUGCAUCAUAAUUAUGCUUAGUUCCACAGCUAAUGCAUAUAGAAAUAAAAUCAGCAUAGGUUCCUUGAAUUUGUCUAGAUUUUUAAAGAACUAUUUCCAAACCAUUCGUGCAAAGGUCACCAAAUUAACAAGCAAAGAAAAGAAACAAAAGCAAAAUGCCUGAAGCUUUUAAUUUGAACAGUGGGGAAAAUAUGAAGUACUAUUAGUAUAUGCCCAUUGAUUUUUAAUGCACCUUCAAUCAAAAAGUAUUAAACCUCCAAUAUAUUUUAUAUCAGUUUUUGAGUGUGCAUAAAGCUAAAAUAUAUAUUUUUUUCCAACUUUUCUGCAAAAUUUUUUGACCAUAAUGAAUUUACUGUAGCCCAGACAGGCACAGGUAGUAACAAAAAAAAAAACAUACAUACACUGCAAAAAUGAGGGACAAUAAGUAUAUGCAGAGCAGAUGCUACCACACAGGCCUAUCAAUCACAAAAGUGUUGGUCAAGCCUACUCACCCAUAAUUAUGACUAGCACAGCUGAAAGGGCAGGCCUCAGUGAUUUUGAAAGAGAGGUGACUGCGUGUUUAGCAGGAGAUUCAGUCACCAAGUUGGCUCAUCUUGCUGAUGUUUCACAGUGUCUUAGGCAUGAAACUCCAAGAGAAAGACAUCAUUAGCAGCACUGCAUGAAACCACAUACUCCAGGAUUGUCACAUCCAGACAAGUGCGAGGCACAACAGAUAAGCAUCCACAGAUCAAUUGACCACAGAAUUUGAAUCUAGGGCAGGAGCAGCCAGUUCAAACAAAAAUGGUGGUGGCCAAACAGCCAAUUAAGUAUGUUUACAUUGUUAUUUACAUUUUUUGUUCAGUACCUGUGCUGUACAAUACAAAUAUUAUGGAACUUCAGAAAUUGAAAGAAUGAAAAGAAUUUAGUUUAGAAUUUUAAUUUAGUAUUUAUUUUCUUAAAUAUACUGAAUGCUAUACAUUGUAUAUAAUGCUCUUAUUAUCUUGCAACUGUACAAAAGGAAAAAAAAUCCAAUAAAGCUUUGCUUGGAAGGUU